GUGAGAUAAUCUUGGUCAAACGAUGGCGUUAAACGUGAUCAAGAUCUCCCGAGUCAGCCCUGCAACCAACUCGGUCGAACCGCUCAUUAUCCCACUCACUUUCUUUGAUCUUAUGUGGCUAAAACGUAACCCUACAGAGCGACUCACCUUUUACAGACUCACUGAGUCAUCUCGCGACUGCUUCUACUCAUUGAUCCUCCCCAAGCUCGAGCGAUCCCUUUCUCUAGCCCUCACACAUUUCCUCCCGCUCUCCGGUCACCUCAGGUGGUACCCACAAGAUCCUAAGCCGCACAUCAUCGUCUUACCGGGAGACACUAUCUCUCUCACAGUGGCCGAGACCAGCGCUGAUUUCUCUUUUAUCUCCGGCAAAGGGCUUCGUCACGAGACUGAGUUAAGCCCUAUGGUGCCCAAGUUACCAGUUUCCUCUGACUUUGCGUCAGUCUUUUCUGUGCAAAUCACUCUUUUCCCAAACCAAGGCUUCUGCAUCGGAACCACAGUCCACCAUGCCGUCAUGGACGGCCAAACGGGGGCUAAGUUCCACAAAUCAUGGGCUCACAUCUGUAAUCACGGAACUAUACCGCAAGAUUUUCAUUUACCUAUGCUCUUAGACCGUUCGGUCAUCAAUGUUCCAGCCGGACUCGAACUGAAGAUGCUCGAACUUAUGUCGUGUCUUGCAGAGGACAAAGACAGCGCAAGAACACUAAAACUGUCUCCCUUUAAAGACAUCGACGACGAUGUCGUCCGGAUCACGCUAGGUUUGAGUCAAGAGAACAUCGAGAAACUUAAGGAGCACGCCAAGAACGAGGCAUCUGGCUCUGAUCUUCACUUGUCGACGUUCGUUGUCACUUACGCCUAUGUGUUGACCUGCAUGGUGAAGACUCGUAGAGGGGACGCAGAUAGACCUGUUCGGUUCAGGUACGUUGCUGAUUUCAGAAACCGGUUAGACCCGGUAGUUCCUGAGACCUAUUUCGGAAACUGUGUCUUAUCCAUCGUUUUAAAAGAAUACAAAGCCAAAACUUUUUUGGGAGAAGAUGGAUUCGUUAAUGGCGUGAAGAUUCUUAGCGAUUCGGUCAAAAGCUGCGGUUCAAGAGAGGUUGAAUCAAUAUGGGAGCAGUACGAGGAAGGCCAAAAGAACAUGAAAUCGGGUACACAGGUGUUAUCCAUUACCGGGUCUAACCAGUUUGGGGUAUACGGGUCAGAUUUCGGGUGGGGAAGACCCGUUAAUACCGAAGUUAUGUCCAUUUACAGGAACAAUCAGUUCUCUAUGUCGAAGAGGAGGGAUGAGCCUUGUGGCGUCGAGAUUGGUAUCUCUUUGAAGAAAUGUGAGAUGGAUGUUUUUCUUUCCUUAUUUACAAAUGGAUUACACAAUUAAGACCUUUAGCAAUGGGAGAUUAGUUUCAUCAAAUUGUGCAUGAAAGAUUUUUAGUAAUAAUGUGAGAUUAGUUU